AUGUAUGAUCAAGGCGAUGCACUGAAGUUGUGGACGCAGGGUUUUUUUGGAAAGGGCAGUCUGAGUCGCAGUGAGCCUACAUGGGCGUCUCGAAAAAUUGCUGAAAAAGAGGCGCGGCAACGUGGUAUAAUCACAGCGGAGCAAAUGACGCAACGGCGUCGUGAAGAGCGAAGACUAUUAAAAAUUGAGCGCGCGCGAGCAGCAGUUCGUGCUGGUAUUCAGCUGCCUGAUGGCAUUACAGCCUUGGGCGGCGAGCUUCGAGACGACGAUACAUUGGGUAGGGGCGCAGAUGGCGAGCUAUGGCGUGGUGAUGAAGACAAGCCUAUUGUUGAAGCUGGUGUCUCUCGCAUUAAGGGACUGAAGUACUUUUCAGAUGACAUCCAGUCUACCCAAGUGGAUACAGAUGAACAAGAAGAACAUGCUGAAGAGGAGGAGGAAGAAGACGGCCAAGAUGUUGAGCACUUUCAACUCACAAUGAUCGAAGCCUUUUUCCUGGCCGCUAUGCUUGGAUGUCUAGAAGUCCAUGAUGUGAAUGGACAUGUACGUGCCAAUUUGCAUGCUAACCAGAAGUGUUUAUCGCUCGAUACGCUUUAUCAGUUGUGCAUGAUUUCAUAUCUCCCUCGGUUCGACGCGCACAACCAGCUAAAGUGGGUUCGACCAGAUAACCCUUUUCUUCUUUCGUAUGUCGUAUAUCACCAUUUCCGCAGCUUGGGAUGGGUCGUCAAGAGCGGCACAAAGUUUUGCGUGGACUUUCUAUUAUACAAGCGGGGACCCGUAUUCAGUCAUGCUGAGUUCUCAGUUCUUGUGAUUCCUGAGUACGAGAAUGAGCAAGAUAGAGAAGGAUCGCCGUUCAUGCGGCACCAUAAUGCCGGUGAAAAGUCAUGGAUUUGGUUUAGCAUGAUGAACCGAGUCAAUACACAAGUCCAAAAGCUCGAAUGA